AUGAAUAACCAUUUUCAUUCCAACUGUCUUUCAAACAGCUGCUUGAACGGUAACAAACAGGUGAUCAGACGUCGAGGAAGGAAAUUACCGCACGUGCCCCGUCAGACCAAAUACAAACCUAAUGUGUUUUGGCCGACAUAUCGAGGUGCAGUAAGUUGGUUGCGACAACAUCAGAAAAUUCUGGACACAGCUAUUGGACUACUAGAAAUAUAUCCAAAUAUUAUCAGUGAUUAUUCUUUAGAUUCUUUUUGGGAUUUUAUAAAACCCUUUUUGUACCCGGACAAAUCGGAGAAACUGACACUACAUCGAAAAACGACGGGAAACCCCAAACGACCGACAAAACAAACCGCAGUGAUACUACCGAAAAUAAAUACAAAAAUUCCAUUGAUUUCCGUGACACACGAUUCCGACCCGGAAAACGAAAGUGAAAUUGGCAUAGAGACUGUGACAGAUAACCAUAAAGUGUCGAGGGUAUGUGUAUCGGGGAAACUUCAAGAUAAACAUGAAAUCGAUUAUACUCCUCAGAUUGUGGAAGAGUUAACAUCGUUUAGUUUUGUGUUUUACAUUUCACCAAUAAACAGAUCUAAUGAUGUGCUUUAUGAGGCGGAUUCGUUAAUAUUUUUACUCGGUGACUAUACUUUAUCAGAUGACUAUUGUUGUGAAAGUCUGGUCAGUGCCUGGUCGCUGGACAUUCCUACUGUUUUCGUACGAAAUAAAAACUUUAAAUUAUCCAGCCCCUUGCCAGACACUUUCAUCAAACAUGCAAUAAAUAUAGACGGGGGCUGGAGAGGCGGUGGACGGAGCUUAUCACCGUCAGUAGGUGCCAGUUCAUUGCGACUUAAAAGGGACAGGUUUAAACGUUCGGACUCGGCUACUUCCGUUUUAACCGGAAGUUACAAAGAUUCCAAAGCAUCUGUUUGUUCCUCAGAUCUUGUGUUUUAUUUGUUGAAUGGUUAUCGAGAAGCUGUGGUGUACGACGACAAACUGUCGGAUAUUACCUCUAGAGAAAUAAAAUUGUUGUUGUCCAAGAAAAUGGAGUUUUCGCGAACCUUUAGUUCCAUGUCUAAGCACCCGGAAGAAAUCAUUAAGAAUAAAAAUUCAGACAAUCUCGAAGAACAUUCAAACUUAUUUAAUAGAAAUACAGACUCAGGUCAAUUUCUACGAAUUCCAGAUCCGCUAGAAUGUUUAAACAUCGAGACAGAGCUGUUCCCUACCAGGUUGGAGGAGCCCAGACCCUCGAACUUAGAGAAAACCAUGCAUCUCACCGUCCCGCCCGACAUAGACCAAGAUCCGGACAGUGGUGUCCAUAGCCCCAUUGAGAAGGAAACAUUUUAUUUGGUAUAUCCGGAUCCUCUGGCGUCUCUUAGAACUACUUGUCCACAAAUUGUGAAAUGGCCCCCCGAUGAGGAAGAUGGUCCUCUAUUCUCUCCGGAUUCACCAAGUACUCUUGACUCUCCCAUAACAUUCAGCGAUAUUGAUUUGAGUAAAGAAAUAAAUCAUGACCUCUCUUCGCCAGAUGGAUUUUGA